AUGUUCCAUGGAUUGCCAAGUGAAGACCCCAUUGACCACCUUGAUGAGUUUGAUAGGCUUUGUGAUUUGACAAAGAUCAAUGGUGUCUCUGAAGAUGCCAUCAAGCUGAGACUCUUUCCUAUGUCUCUAGCUGACAAAGCUCACCAAUGGGAGAAGAGCUUGCCCCAUGGCACAAUCACCACUUGGGAUGAAUGCAAGAAGGCCUUUCUUGCUAAAGGAUGCUUGGCAAGGUAUAGGGAGAUGCUAGACACAGCCAGCAAUGGGAACUUCCUCAACCAGGAUGUGGAUGAUGGCUGGCAACUUGUGGAGAACAUGGCCAUAUCAACAGAAUGCUAUGGAGACAAUUAUGAUACAGACUGGAGCUCGACCGCACUCGAUCGAGCGAGGCCCAGAUGA